AUGUACAGCGGCCCCGCCACGCACUUGGUCGCGGGCCGACGGGGGAGCGUGGGCCUGGCCCAAGGCGCGACGGCCGAAGACUCGUGCGCGUUCGUCGACACGCUGAUCCGCACGGUGCAGCGGCGUCUGCACACGGAACUGGGCUUCCAGGAGGUCGUCGUGGCCUCGGGCGAAGCCGCUGCGGCCCGCAAGCCGGAUGACAGGUGUAUGCCCCACGAGAGGUCGCCGGGCCCGCGCACUGACUCGGAUUCGGCGGGCCGGCCCCGCCAGCUGGCCGCGGGGAAAGAACGGCCUCGUCGCAACAGCAUCGCGUCGUCGGCUUGUAGCGAGUGCGCAAAAGGGACUGUCUAUGUCUCGCGCGGCUACGCCACGAAACAGCGGGUGCUCGUGAUCGUACCUUACCGGGAAGCCGGCAUCUGGAGCCGCAGCAUCUGCAUGAACCAGUUCGACAGCGACGGCGACAGUGGGUCGAUGAUGUCGUACUUGAAGAAGGCGCUGAGCGAGGACUACGGCGUCGUGAUCCUCAACCCCGCGGCCCAGAGCUGCCACCCGCGCGCGCACGUGGAGAGCGCGUGGGACCACCUGGUGGCGCCGCUGGCGAGCGACGUGUUUAUCGUUGCGUUCUCCCGCGGCGCGCAGAUGGUGCUGCACCUGCUGAACUACGACAAUGGCGCAGGUGUGAUGCAGGACCGCGUCAAGGCGCUCGCGCUCGUGGAGCCCUCGCACUACGUGAGCGACAGCGACUCGUACUUUGCGCGGCGCAUGCUCGCGCGCCGCGCCGUUGCGUGGAUCCUCAGUGCCGACAUUGACGUGGGCUGCAAGAUCCCGCAGGGACACGCGCGCCAUGGCUGCGUCUGUGUCUCGGCUGGUACAGUGCCGUCCAACGUGCUGGGCAGCAGCGGCGCGUAUGCGCUCGAGAUGGUCAAGAGCUCGGUGUUUGGCUCGUUUGCAGCGCGCGACGGCGAAGCUGCAGGCAUUACCGUGAACGCCAGCAGGAUCAACGCCUGUGGCAUCUGCCAUCGCAAGCUGACAAUGCUCAAUCGACGCAUUCCGUGCUCGUGGUGCGAAGUCAAGUACUGCAGUCGCUGCUGCGAGGACAAGUUUGUGCCGGCGUUUGGCAGCUGGCGCGUCUGUUCGCUGUGUCAGUCGCUGCCGUGCUUGAUCGACCCACGUCGGAAGAACCGCAGUGCGAAGAACCACACGAGUCCAACGGCCGCGGCUCAGGAACGCUGCAGUGUGUUUAUCCGUCCGAUGGCCGACGAUGACGACCCCGUGUGUCUGGGCGACUUUGAGAUUGUCAAGCUCGUGGGUCGAGGAGCCUGCGGUCGUGUCAAGCUCGUGCGCAAGAAACAUGGCUACGACGAAGGCGUGUUUUACGCCAUGAAAGCGAUUCGCAAGAAGCUCAUGAUCCAGCGUGGACUUGUCGAAGCGACGAAUGCCGAGCGGCGCAUUCUCGAUCGGAUCAAACACCCGUAUGUGGCAACACUGUGCUACGCUUUCCAGACAAAAGCAAAGCUGUAUCUGCUGUCAAAGUACUACCCUGGCGGCAAUCUGCUGGACCAGAUGCGUCUUGCGCGGAGGUUUGCCGAAGAUCGCACGCGACUGUACACUGCCGAGGUGGCGCUGGCCAUUCGUCACUUGCACCAGAAUAACAUUAUUUAUCGCGACCUCAAGCUCGAGAACGUGCUGGUGGAUUCGGACGGUCACGUGGCGCUGACGGACUUUGGCAUGUCGAAAGAGAACAUGCCUGAAAAGGGGCGUACAUCGACGUUCGUCGGCACGUACCAGAUGAUGGCGCCCGAGGUGUUUAGCGGCAAGUCGUACUCGCGUGCUGUGGAUUGGUGGGCCCUAGGUGUCAUGGUGUACGAAAUGAUUGACGGCCGUACGCCGUUCAACGCCAAGACGAAUCGCCUCAUCAAGGAGCGGAUUGUGAAUGUGGACUUGAAGUUUUCGCCUCGUUUCACCGAAGACGCAAAGGACUUUGUGUCGAAGUUGCUCACGAAGAACGAGGCUGCUCGACUGGGCUCGGGCGAGCAUGGCUUUGAGCAGAUCAAGCGACACCCGUGGUUCAAGGGACUCGAUUGGGACCGCGUGGACCGCAAAGAAGCGCUGUUUGAGGGGCAGUACGCCCUCAUGGAGAAGCAUGCGAAAGAGUACCGUACGGAAGAUAUCUUUGAGACGUACAUGAACACGGUGGAGGUCCCGAUUGACACGCCCGCGUCGGCAAAGAGCUCGAAUGACGAGCUGUUUAACGACUUUGCGUUCAACUACAUGGACGGCCCCGACGAAGAGCAGCGCGAUAUUCCUGAACCAGAUGAGGAGGGCAAUGGAGCGACCGUGUUGUCGCCGAUGUCGGCCAGCGAUAGCAGCAGUUCUGGGAGGCCCUCGAAGCCCCGAGCACUGGCUGUAAAGGAGGACACGAUGCUGGACUCGUUUUUGACGACAAGCGGGUCGCAUUUCGAUCUCACUCUGUUGCGGCCGAACCGGGCGGCGGACUUUGGCGUGUCAGCUUCGUCUUUGAGCUCCGGAGGAACAGACGAUGAGAAUGUCGAGCCGGUGGAGCAUUUGUAUGAUGAGUUUUUGCUGUCCACAAGAGACGACACGAAGGAAAUAGAGACGGACGAUGAGAAGAACCCGCCGAGCCCUACGAAGACGCAGCCAGUGUCUCCUUCGAGCAUGGACAGCAAUCACAGCUCGGACAUCGACGCGGAGCGGGCGAAAACCGGGACAGACGUGUGA